AUGGCAGGUUUGGCGCGUGCAAUCGAGCUCGCCUACCAGUUUCAGCACUUCCUGGAUUCUCGUGACUACCUGCUGCCCGCCUGGUCAGCUGACUUCGAUUCAGACGCACGUGCCCGCAUUAGCUGGCUGACCGCCCGAGCAGUGUCCGAGUUUCUUUCCAAGACAGCUUCCUCCCUGGAAGGAUACCUUCCCCCAAUAGCUGUCAACGACCCGGAACGCCCGCUGGGACGUCCUCGUCGCCGGAAUCGGGCCGCGACAGCCGCCGAUCUUGCCCCCGCAGACCCUUCCCCACGUCCUACAACUCCUACUCCUACAGCUCCUACAACAUCCCAAGAAGCUCCAGUGGUGCAGCGUACUCAACAAUUCCGUGAUAUCCAUCAAAGCGUGAGCGCGCCCCGACAGCUUUUUCGCCCUACCGGUUCGGUAGAAGAACGGCAAUAUCUUCACCAAACUUUUUCCCCGCCGCCCCGGCAAGAACAAGCUAUACCAGCUGUUCCAGCUAUGGGUGACAAUACUGGUCAGCAGCCCCUCGGCGCUGAAGAUAUCCGCCGAUUGAUUGCAGAAGGAAUUCAUACAGCUCUGCAGACUACACUGAAUGACCCUUCCUUCCGCAGCCAGCUUCGCGGACCCCCCGGUGAGCAGGGCCGCCAAGGAGAGCCAGGACAACUAGCUCAAUCCGACACGACAUGGAAAGCCGCAGACAUUGGUUUUUUCGAUCCUGGAAUGAAGAAUAAGGAUGGCAUUCUGACCUCCGGAACCACGACCUACUUUUCCGAUGUCUAUGUUUUUAUUGACCGAAUGAAGGAUUUGGUAAAUCUCAAGUCGGAAGAGGUGGUUCGGACAAAUAUCCACUCUUGCCUUCGCGGAGACGCUAUCCGAUGGUAUACCCAUGAGCUUAGUACAAGGGAGAAGGAAAUGAUGCAAAGCUGUCCGAUUGCUAGCGGAUGGUUUGCCUCCCUCCUUGAGCGCUUCAAGCCAGACCGCACCGAUGCGUUGGCAGCUCUCGAGAAAGAAAAAUACGACUGGAGAGAUGUUCGAUCGGGCAGGACCCCGAGAGAUUAUGCCCAGAAUAUGCUCCGCCUCCUCAAGGACACAGGAUACAGCGAUCCUUUUGACCAGCUACUAAAGAUUCGCGAGAAUAUCGAGCCCUCCCUCCGCCGUGACCUUCAGGUGCCGACAAAGGACACAACUAUAGCUGAGUUUAUGAGCGCAAUUGAUACCCAUUAUCGCGACUGGAAAGCCCAAGCAGCUAGACGUGAGCGCAUUUCUACCGAGCGGUCCCAUGAGAGACCAGCCGCUCGUUUCCAGCGUACCCAAGCUACCCAAAGCCGUUCUAACAGCUAUCAGGACCGCCGUGAACAGCCGGACCGUCGUGAAAAUCAGCUAUCCCGCCUACCAUUCAGGCCUCGACCGCAAUUUUCGCCCCCUCCUCGGCAGCCGCCCUUCCAGCGCCCUUACCGUCCAUUCCCUCAGUUCCAGCAGAAUUCUUACCAGCAAAACCAAUACCGCUUCCCGCAAUCAUCCCAGCCGUCCUAUCUCCCUCAGCGACCAGCUAAUCAAGAUCGUGGGAUUGCUCCAUCUUCAAGCGUUUCCUCGCGCCCUCCCGUCAACCCCGGGCAACGGCUGAUCGCCGACCGACCCUUCUACCCUCAGCAUGCAAAUCAAGCUUAUCAGCCCCGCUACCCGUCUAGUCGCGGCGCCUACUCUCAAUAUAGGCAGCGGCCGGCAGCUCGGGCCUACCAAGCUGAUGUAUCAUAUGAUGAGGAGUAUAGUUACGUCGGGGACGAUUCUGAGGCUUAUCACGGAGCGACCGAGGAGGAAGAUUUCUAUGACGAGCUAGAUGACGAGCUAGAUGCUGGCGCGCAUGCUGAUAGCGCGUAUACCGAUGAUACUGAUGCCUACUACGCAGACCAUGAUGCUGCUAGUUUCUCCAGCUUACCUCCUCCCCCUCUGCCCGCUAGCAGGCAACCUGAAGCUGACGAAACCACGGUUGCGCAAGCAUGCACUCCAGAAUUCACCGUGACCUGUCUCAACUGUCUGGAUGCCUUUGAAUCAGGCAACGAGCUGCAUAAGCACCUCCCUGACUGCCAGCCUGUAGCUGCGGCAACCCUUGAACGAGUAGCGGUAGCUAAUUUCGUUGACUAUCCUGGAAUCGCUAUAGUCGAUUCUAAUCGCAGGCCAAAUCAUAUCCCCGGCUAUGCCUUCCGUUCGUGGCGAUACGCAACGGUGGCCGUCGGGCUGGGUUCCAUCGAUAAGCUUGUUACCUGCUGUCUAGACACCGGAUGCGUUAUGACCUUGAUCGAUUCUGAGCUUGCUAGGAAGCUCGAUACGACUGUCCGUCGGAUAUCCCCAAUCCCAGUCUCAGGUAUAGGCUCGCAACAUGUUUCAAACGCGUAUAUCCAGAUCGACCUUUAUUUCGCUGGAAACCGCCCGUCUACGGCAGAACAAGCAAUCGCUAAGGUGCCUAUCGAAGCGCAUCUGGUUGACAACCUGAAAGCCCAGCUUCUUAUCGGCAUAGAUGUUCUCGGACCGGAAGGAUUUGCUAUUGAUUUUGCCUCCCGCUUCGUGUGUAUCGACAGCUGCGACGGUAUCUCAUUCCCGAUAGGCAUUUAUGCUAAACCCGACCAUCAUAGCCGGCCAAGACCAGUGUAUGCCUCCGAGAAAACUGUUAUACAGCCCGGCCAAGCUGUCCGACUUCCGGUGUUCGUCAAAUCAAAGCUGCCAGAAAGGAAUUUUGUUUUCGACCCUGAAAGCAAGUAUGACUCGCCCACACAGCUAGUCGACGCAAACUUCUGCCUGAUCCCUGUGCGGAAUUUGUCAGAUAAGCCACAGACAAUCCAGCGCAAAGCUAGAAUCGGCAUGCUAUCUGAAGCAGACUACACCUCCGCCUAUCUUGUGCAACCAGAAGCAGCCGCAUUCUGUAUGAAGCCUCCUCUACUACCGGCCUCGACAUCGUCGACAUCCUCCGAUGAUCCUUCCAAUAAGCUCACAGCCGCGGCAGUCGCGCAAAUUAUUCGGCCGAAUAAUGAGACAAAGCAAGUGACUCUGCCGAACGGUAUCACUAUAUAUGGGGACAAAGAAACCACUGCCAAGCUUCGUGAGGUAGUCGAAGCUUAUCCGCGUAUCUGGAAAGACCCUGAGUUUGUGGAUGUUCCUCCUGAGCAAUGGAUGCGAAUCAAAGUCAUCCCGGGAAAGUUAUUCCCGCGCACGAGAACAUAUAAACAGGGACCUGAUGCCCAGGCCUGUAUCGAUAAAGUCUUUGACCAGCUGCAUGACCAAGGCAAGAUGUCAUGGACGGACCGACACACACCUAGCGCCCUGCCGGUUUUUGUCGUUUGGAAAUAUGUCACUAGAAAUGGAGUGCAAAGCCGAGUCGGCAGACCCGUUAUCGAUUGCCGAGACAUCAAUGAUAUCCUGGAAGCUGACCUUUAUCCGCUUCCCCUACAGGAAGACGUGAUACAGCUUACCAAGGAUAAGCGCUUUAUUACCGCUGUGGACGCAGCUAAGUUUUUCUACCAAUGGCGCGUCCACCCGGAUGAUAUACCAUAUCAAGCGGUGGUAAGCCACAGAGGCCAGGAGCUACUUCAUGUUGUCACUAUGGGCAAUAAAAACUCAGUCGCCUACGUCCAGCGCCAGAUGGAUAACCUGCUGAGAGAAUUUCGCGCUUGGUGCCGAGCUUAUGUUGACGAUACCUUCGCCGCGGAUGACACCCUAGAGGACCAUAUAGCACAUUUGCACCAGCUUUUCAGCUUAUUUGACAGACCUGAGAAACUCCACGCUAUCACCUCGCUAGAGUUUCCUCGCACUUGCAAACAGCUUGAGACUUACCUUGGCAUGACUGGGGAGUUCCGUCACUACAUCCAGUCGUACGCACAAAAGUCUGGACCUCUCCAGCUUCGCAAGACAGCCCUCCUGAGAGGAUCCCCCACUAAAGGCGGCGAGCGCAAGCAAUGGAGCCGACAAGCUACGCUAGCACAGCCGACCGACGCUGAGAUUCAAUCUUUCAAAACACUCCAGGAUGAAUUCAAAAAUCCUAAGUGGUUAGUUCAUUUUUCUCGCGACCGUCAGCUAUAUAUCGACCUAGACGCUUCUAAAGAAGAAGGCGCUGGUUUCGGUGCUAUGGUGUAUCACUUGGAUCCGGCUUAUGAACAUACUGAAUACGCAAAACCGCCAGCUGUCACUAAGAAGCAGCCGGUACUCUUCUUGAGUAGGCUCCUUAGCCAGGCCGAAACCCGCUACUGGCCAACGGAACUGGAGGUCGCCUGUCUAGUGUGGGUACUGAAAAAGACUCGGCACUUAAUUGAAGCAGCCCCUAUCGAUUUGCCGCCAAUCAUCUAUACUGAUAAUGCUGGCACCGCGGCUAUCGGAAGAGCUACAAAGCUGAACUCAACUGCAGUGGAAAAACUUAACCUACGCCUGAUCCGCGCCUCGCAAUUCAUCCAGCAAUUUCGAUUACUGCUUCAUCAUCGCCCAGGGGUAUCGAACAGAGUAGCCGACGCACUUUCCCGACUACCAUCACGAGAUCCCGGACAGCCCCGUCAGGAUGAUGACCUUGACAAGCUGGAAGCGCCGUGUGCUUUCCCUGCCGAGCCCGAGUCAGAAGCUGGACCCUCAAGAUGGUAUCAUGGCCCCUCAAGGACACCGUCUCCAGUCGACCAGCAUGACGCCGAUAUUGAACCGUAUAAUGCCGAUGCUGAGCUGCAUGACGCCGAUAUCGAAAACCUGGAACUGGCGCGUCCAGCCACGGAUUCACCGUUCGCAUCUGAGACCCUCCUUAGCGAUGAAUUCAAAGCUAGGCUACGAGAAGCCUAUGCUACUGACUCACGCUGGUCAUCGAUCCUCGAACAGCUGAACCAUGAACAGGACAGUGGAGACCCCGUCCGGGCUGUGCUUCCCUACACUGUCAAUGACGGGAUCAUUUAUUUUACCCGCUAUGACAGAACUAAAGCUGUCUGCCUGCCCCGUUCCAUGACCCAAGAAAUUUUCACCCUGGUCCAUGAUGAACAGUUCCACCAAGGUUUCGAUGCCGGAUGGCAGAAACUUCUUGAUUCAGGACUGCUCUUCUAUAGAGGAGCUAAGCUACUCAAAGAGUACAUCAGCCACUGUCCGGAGUGUCGUAAUAAUGCUAUGCCCCGGCAUCCCCCAUACGGAGCUUUGCAGCCUAUCCGAAAUCCCCCAAUCCCUUUUCACACAAUCACAAUUGAUUUUAUUGUCGGCAUGCCAGAAUCCCGGGACCAUUCCUAUAACUGUCUAAUGACAGCUACUGAUAAGUUUACAAAACUAAUCAGCCUAAUCCCAGGCAGAGAAACCUGGACAGCUGAGCAGUGGGCGGAUGCCCUCCUGAUGACCCUCUGGACAUCCAACUGGGGCCUACCUACGGUUAUUAUCUCCGACCGUGACCCAAAAUUUGUUCGAGGGCUAUGGAAAGGAUUCUGGACCAAGGUUAAGACAACCCUGUAUUUCUCUACAGCUUAUCACCCCCAGACCGACGGCCAAUCGGAAAGAACAAAUCAAACUGUCGAGGCCGCCGCUCGGCAUUGGGUGGCUAUGCAUCCUGAACGGAUUGCGGAAUGGCCCGACAUGCUCCCAGCCCUGCAGAUGGCUUUAAACUCUUCUCGGAAGCGUAGCACUGGCUACUCCCCUCACAUGCUUCUAUACGGGAUGGAGCUUCGCCAGCCUUGGACUCUAGCUCGCCAAGCUACCGAUGGACGCGAUAACGCCCUCGCAGCUAAGCUAGAUGCUGAGCAUUCUUUAGCUUUCGCCGCUAUGAAGAUGAAGCUGUACUAUGAUACACAUCAUAAGGCUAUACAUUUCCGUGUCGGAGACUGGGUCUAUAUCAAACUCGGCGCUGGUUACGAUAUAGUAGCGAACCGCCAGAAUAUCCCAAGAAAGCUUGCCCAACGGUAUGUCGGCCGCUUCCAAAUUAGAGAGCGCGUCGGAAAGCUAGCGUACCGCCUCAAUUUGCCCCUGCAUUGGGGAAUCCAUCCUGUGAUCAGCGUGGCACACCUUGAAGCCGCACCACAGGGAGAAGACCCCUGGGCUCGCCGACCCGCCGACACCCAUGAACCUACGUUCGACGCCCGCUUCCCGGAUGAAACGAGAUACGACGUCGACCGGAUCCUAGCGAAACAGAUCCGCAAGGCACCUGGGCGACCACGUCGGGAUGGAACGGUCACAUAUCGCACGUACUAUCUGGUGCGCUGGGCUGGGCAAUCCGCCAAAGAAGACUGCUGGAUCACAGCGGAUGAAGCUGUUGGCGCGGAAGAUUUAAUACAGGAAUUUGAGGAUUCCCAGUAG